AGACUCACGCGCGAUCAUGCUCUUCACUGCAGAUCUGUCUGCUCUUGAUCUGGUCAUGCAGUUUCUGAAGUGACCCAGAGCGGCCGUGGAUUGAGAUUUUCUACAGACUGGAAGAGAUUGUCGGGGGUUUUGAGGAUGCUUUUAUUCAUUCUGUUAUCAGCUCUGGUCCUGUGUGGAUGUGCACAAUAUUCCAGCGACCAGUGCAACUGGAUAGGAAGUGGUCUGAUGCACGAGUCUCAUGCGCGGGACGUGGAGCAGGUGUACCUGCGCUGUGCCGAAGGCUCUUUGGAGUGGCUCUAUCCCACAGGAGCUAUCAUCGUCAACCUGAGGCCCAACCUGCAGAGGGCGGAGGGUCACCUGCGCGCCUGCGUCAAGCCGCGGCCGGACUCGCGCGGGGCCAGGCUGUACGUGGAGCGGGCCGGAGCGCUGCGGCUGCUGCUGACGGAGCAAGACCAGGCGGCUGGACGCGUGCGCUGCUUCAGUCUGCAGGAGGGGGCGCUGUUCGUGGAGGCCUCCGCUCGCCAGGACAUCAGCCGGAGAAUCACUGCCUUCCAGUACCAGCUGAUCUCCGGAGACCAGCCACACUCACAUGCAGCUGCAUGCAGACCCUGCGCUAAUGACGAGCUGCUGAUGGCGAUCUGCACCAGCGACUUCGCGGUGCGCGGCAGUAUUCAUCACGUGGAGGAGGAGGAGGAUGAUGAAGAUCAGGCGUCAGUGGUGGUGUCGUUGAGUCACGUGUACCGUCAGAAGAGCCGUGUGUUUGUGUCCGGCGGCGGGGGGCGCGGGCGCGGCCGGUGGACGGGUCGAGUGAAGAUGCCGCAGCGCUGCGGCCCGCAGGCAGGACAGGGCGAGUUCCUCUUCACAGGAGCUGUGCGGUUCGGGGAAGCGUGGCUGGGGUGUGCUCCUCUCUAUAAAGACUUCAUCAGACUGUACCACGCGGCUCUGGACGUGGGAACAAACCCCUGCCACAUAGACGCAGACUGAGAGACACACACAACAAUCCUCUGCUGAACUUUACGGACUCUGGUGAAUCUCAUGAAAACAUGAAAUUUAAAUUAUUUUUUUUUUUUCACGCCUUGGUCCAAGGUUACAUUUU